AAUUGAUUUUUGUCGUGCAGCGAGCAUGCAGCAGGAGCGCUUGCUGAAAGUGCUCGUUAUAGGAGACUUGGGCGUGGGGAAAACGUCCAUUAUUAAGAGAUAUGUCCAACAAGUCUUUUCCCAGCAUUACCGCGCAACCAUCGGCGUUGACUUCGCGUUGAAGGUCCUGAACUGGGAUCACCAGACGGUCAUACGUUUGCAGCUUUGGGAUAUCGCUGGACAGGAGCGCUACGGCAACAUGACACGUGUGUAUUAUCGUGAAGCCGUGGGGGCUCUGGUGGUCUUUGACAUGACCCGAGAAUCCACGUUCCAGGCUGUGCUCAAGUGGAAGGUUGACCUGGACUGCAAAGUCACCCUCAGCGAUGGACGCCCGGUGCCGGCAGUUCUGCUGGCGAACAAGUGUGACCAGCAGAGUCAAGGCCUGCGUGCCGGACUCCCAAGGCUGGACACUUUUUCCAGAGAGCACGGCUUCAUAGGCUGCUACGAGACUUCAGCCAAGGACAACACGAACAUUGAUGCAGCGAUCAUGUGCCUGGUUGACAGCAUCAUGGCGAGUGAUGUGGCUAGCCCAGGUGGGCAGCAAGAGUCCAGCUUGCAGCUCCGUCCUGCGUCUAAAUGCAGCCUGCAGGAGCACAGUGCUUCCAGCUGCACCACCUGCUUGAGAUAGCCCAUGCCUCCCAAAGAUCCCACCCAUUUCUAGGGCAUGAGCAAAUAAGAAUCACAUGUUAAUCUGUCGAUAUAUGGACAUCCAUGCAAUAUCUUUUAUGGUCAUGGAGAUGAUGAUGGCUAUAAUUAUUGUUUAAAACUAUAGUGUUUUAUUAGUUAAAACAAUCAUUUUAAUUUAAAGCAAUGAUCCAGCACCACUGAGUCUGAAUUAUAAUAGCAUUAUCUACUAACUGUAACAAAAUACAUAUGUAUCAUAAAAACAAACAUUGUCUGUAGAAUAUUGACAAACUUCUGUUUUUAAGUGCAAGAAUGGGAUUAUAGACAAAUGCUUGAAAAGAAGAACAGUUUGUUUUUUUUUU